UGAGGUUGCCAGGUUUAGACCUAUCCCAUUAUUAACGUGUCUAAACCCGCCCUUGAAGAUUUAUGAGAAUUAACUUGCAAAUAUGUUGUUUUAGAGAUCAGUUUGAUCACAUACAUCCAAAACCAACAUUUCAGUAACUAGAUCGUCAUGCCCCACCCUAAUCUCACCUUAAUUGGUAAUUUCAAAGUAAUUUAAUGACUUAUAUCAGCUGGUGCAAUGUGCACUAGAAAACAUGAAUGACUGUUGAAUUGGUGGUUGGAGGUAGUACUAAACUAAUAGUAGUACUUUUUAGUUUUUCAAGAAAUCACCUGAUCCUCUGAGCCUAAAAACAAAAAUGGGUGAGAAUUGGGACGAAGAGGAAAUCCAGGUGUUCACUGGGACUUCAACCAAUAAUGAUGGUGGAAACAGUUUGUGGAACAAUGGAGGGCAAUUUGGGGGACAGGUCAGUGGUAAAGGUGGAGUCAGGGGAGGAGGCUUCACCACCCCAGCAGAGGACGGAAGCUCCAACUCAGAUAAUCAUAGACGUUCAACCUUUGGAGAGGUUAAUUCCUGGGGAGGCAUACGAGGAGGUCGAGGGAGCAGAGGAGGAAGGGAUAGUGCACGAUGCUUGAGCAGUGACGCUUCUGAUACAGGACCUGAAAAAGGGAGUGAGCCCAAUGGGAACGAUAACGACAGUGGAAGUUCACGGAACAGAGAAAAUGUAAUUGAAGGAAGAGGUGACAGAAGCACAAUAGAUGGAGGAAGUGAUGGAUUCAGCAAUUCAUUCCCUGAUGCAUCCAACGAUGACAACUUGGAUGAAAACCACAAUGCAGGUCCCAAGGUGACGUAUGUGCCACCUCCCCCUCCUGAAGACGAGACCUCCAUCUUCUCUCAGUUCCAGAAGGGGGUCAACUUUGACAAGUUUGAUAACAUCCAGGUGGAGGUACGUGGGAGAGACCCUCCACCUGCCAUCAUGUCAUUUGAGGAGGCUGGUCUGUGUCCGAACCUGAGCAGGAACAUCACCAAGUCUGGCUACAAGAAGCCCACUCCAGUCCAGAAACACAGCAUCCCUAUCGUAUCCACUGGACGAGACCUGCUGGCCUGUGCCCAGACUGGAUCAGGGAAAACGGCUGCCUUCCUGCUCCCUAUCCUCCAGACCCUGAUGUCCGACGGUGUCACGGCAGAUGGUUUCAAGCAGAUCCAGGAGCCCGAGGUCAUCAUUGUGGCGCCCACCAGGGAACUCAUCAACCAGAUCUACCUCGAUGCUCGGAAGUUCUCCUACGGUGGUUGUUUGCGCCCGGUGGUCGUGUAUGGAGGGAUCAGUUCGGCCUACGCCAUUCGGGAGGUGAUGCGGGGGUGCAACGUGCUGUGUGGGACUCCAGGAAGGCUGAUGGAUAUCAUCGGCAGAGGAAAGGUAGGAGUCAGGAAGCUGCGCUACCUGGUUCUGGACGAGGCAGACCAGAUGUUGGACAUGGGCUUUGAACCCGCCAUACGUUCCCUCGUGGGGUCACCUGGAAUGCCCCCUAAAGAGGAACGUCAGACGCUACUGUUCAGCGCCACAUACCCUGAGGACAUUCAAAGGUUGGCUGCCGACUUCCUUCGAACGGACUACAUCUUCCUGGCGGUGGGUCAGGUGGGAGGAGCCUGCUGCGAUGUGGAGCAGAGCGUGAUCCAGGUCACCCAGUUCUCCAAGAGAGACCAACUGGUGGAGCUGCUGCAGACGACAGGCCCCGAGCGAACUCUGGUGUUUGUAGGGUCUAGGAAGAAGGCGGAUUUCAUCGCCACCUUUCUCUCCCAGGUCAAGAUUCCCACCACAAGCAUCCACGGAGACAGGGAGCAGCAGGAACGGGAGGUAGCCCUACACGAUUUCCGUUCCGGUAAGUAUCCUGUCCUGGUGGCCACAUCGGUGGCAGCACGAGGCCUGGAUAUCGAGCAUGUGCAGCACGUGGUGAACUUUGACCUUCCCUCCGGCAUCGAUGAGUAUGUGCAACGCAUCGGAAGGACUGGUCGCUGUGGCAACACUGGACGGGCAGUGUCGUUCUUUGAGCCAGAUGCUGACACGCCAUUGGCUCACUCCCUGGUCAAAGUUCUGGAAGGGGUAUUUACAUGUUGUUUUAUUUAGAGAUUUACUCACACUCACUCACUGACUCACUCGGUAACAGUCCCAACAGGAAGUUCCCUCCUGGCUGGAGGAAGUCGCAGCCAGUGGUCAUGGCACUGCAGCAUUCUGUCCACAAAGGUGUGACUUUGAAUCCAUGGACACCCACAAGUCUCUUUCUGGAGCCCAGAGCCUGCCUAGUGAGGAGGAAUUAUGGGAGUGACUCUUCACUCACCUUGCUAACAUCCCUGUCCUGGUCUGACCCCUUGAAGCCGAGUUUAAUAAUAACAUCUGGAGCAAAGAAUCCCAAUUUAAACUAAUCAUCACUGUGGCCACUGCAAUGCUCAUAAAAUGAAUAUUAAUAAGCGGUGGGAUGCACAGUAUAUGUCAUGAGCACUGUAAUGUAAAUAAAAUUAACUGCAUUG